AUGUACAACAAGGCAAAUUAUUCAACAAAAUCAAUAUUAAGUUCAACAAUAAGUAUGGCAGCACAUAGUUCUUUAUUAUCAACUGAACGUUCGGGUACAACAAAAGCAUUUAUUCUUCAUUAUAUAUUUUCUCAAUAUCCAGAAUCAUUACUUAAUGAAAUUGUUUAUCGUUUAAUGCAUACAGAUGCUGUUAUAACAUUAACAAAAUCAAAUGAUAUACAACGAAAAAUUUCUAGUGAAGCAUCAACAUUUUUAGCUGGUCGAGCUUAUCAUAUAAAUCAACGAUAUAUUUAUCGUUGGUAUACAUAUAUGCCAGCUAUUGUUCUACAUGAAACAUAUUCAUGGAUAAAUGAAAAUAUUUUAUCAAAAAUUGAUAUUAAUAAUAUAAAAGAUAAUAUAAUAAUACCAAUUGAUAUUGAACAACAAAAUAAUGUUGCUAUAGCUGCAUCAUUUAUAACAUUUUUUGAUUCAAAUUAUUUUGAUAUUAAUUUAGCAUUACCAAAAAGUCUUGAUAAUGAACCUGAAAUGAUAAUGACAAAAAUAAAUAAAAAUGAUGAUGAUGAUGAUGAUGAUGGAACAAAUACAGAUGAUGAUGAUAAUGAUGAUAAUGAACAUGAAAGAGUUUUUCAACAAGUUCUUCAAAGUGCAAGACGUAUUGAUCAAACACGUUAUGAAAGUAUUAAUAAAAGAAAACUUUCAACAGAUAAUGAAAAUAAUACAAAUAAAAAAUCAAAAGUAAAUUUUAUAUUCUUGUCUGAUUAAUUACUAUAAUAUUUAAUAUAUAUAUAAAACACAUAAGAUUUGUUUUAAUCAAAUCAGGUUAAAGUUAAUAAGUUCACUUUGAAAACAUUGUAAAAUGAAAGUAUUUCAGCAGUAUUCAACUAAGUUGAUGUCAAUUCAUUAAGAUCUCGUCCUUUUCGUAGACAAAAAUUUUUAGAAGUAUUAAAACUCGUGGUGUUCAAAAGAACAAAUUAACCAUUAUCCCAUUCUACUCUGAACGCCUAACAUCGGCAGAGUCAAGUUUGGAUACACAACUCUAGUAGAUAGUAUAAACCAUAUGCAGUGGAGUUCUUAAGCUUGGAAAGACUGAACUCAGUCUAUGUUUUGCUAAAGACAGCAUCCGACAUUAUAACAGAAGACUGAAUAAAUAGAGUUUUUUUUGUCAUGAAGAAAUUAAAAAUUUGAGCACUGUCGGUGACAAUCACUAUCACAAAUUCUAAGUUAAGCUUACACUUAUGUUGAACAAUAGCACAAAAGAUGAGUGUACAGACAAUAUUCAGAAAUUCAUUUUUCGACUAGUGUCUUACAAAAUAUCAGGAACUUUGGCUAGCUAGAUUAAGAAAUCGUUAAUGAACUACAAUCUAUUUGUUGAACAGCAGACGAAAACUUUGUUGAACAAUUCUUAGCUCUUUCAAGACUAAGGUAGUCAUAUUGUUUGUCGAAAAAUGAUCAAGGUAUAAUUGACAUUUUAGUUUAUUGUGUUUGAUACUCUAGUGUAAAGGUUC